GUCCACAUGAAUAGGUCCCAUUAUUGCUAAUGCAAGUUUUGCACAUGCCUGAUGAGGUGAAUAGGCUUUCAAAUCAUCUCCAUUUAGUAUCUUGUGAAAUGGUUUUCAGCUAGCUAUUUCAAGAUUUCAAUAGUGAUCUCCCCUUCUUCCUUAAAAUGCAUAAUUUGGCAUUAAUUUGGGGGUGUCUAGUGAUGGCUUCAUGGUUGUUUUAUUGAUUAGAUGGAAGUAUUCUUUUCCUUCCAUUUCAUCUAGGUGUUAAAAUACAUAUAAUCUUCAAGAGACAUCAAAUUUAAUUUCUUAUAAUGCUUAUUCUAUAGCUCACAUAAUUAUGGCGUGCCAGCAAAACUGAACCUCUGGAGUUUGUAGUCGUCAGGUCAUGGUGUUGACCAUGGCUUCUCAAGAUACCCAGAACUUCUUCCAGUCUCUUUCUUCUUGGAUAUCACGGGUAUAUGAAGCUGUCCAGCAAGUUGGAGAUACUUUGUCUGCUUCCAUUGUUAAUUUAAGUAAGCACAACCCUCAGUUUAAUGGUGAGCUGGACCCAGAGUUGAUUGAUGGUGAUGUUCAGGAGAGUGAUUUGCAAGAUGGAGAAAAACAAAACCAUGCUCAGAUCAAAGAUGACAUGGAACCUCUAUUGCUUGAAGCUAACCAAUUCCCUACUGGAACUUAUAAUACUGAUCUUGGGGACAUGAAACAAAGUCCCCUUGGGGACUCUAGUUCUAUAGUAUCCCAACUGUCCUAUCCCACAUGUGAUAACCCAGAGCAGCCAUCUAGACUUCUUCCUGUUCUCGAGGAAGAUUGCCACCUUGAAAAGCUGAAGAAGAAUCUUCAACAUGACUUUGAGAACCAAGUUCCUGAAUCUUUAGAAAGCAAUGGAGAGCAAGUUAAUAGUUAUGGAGAAGAUGAACUGUCCACAUCUUCUGACAGUGAUGAAGAGAUAAUCAAACAAUUUGAGAUCUCUGUAUCCCGCUCACAGAGCUUCCGGUCAGGACCGUAUGAAAAAGGAACACAAGCAAGUUCAGAGAGGAAGCCAAAACUCAAACACUUAUUGUCCAGCCAUGAAGAGAAUAGUACAGAAGCAUCUGAAUGUGAAGAUUUAGACUUGGAUGGAUUAAGUCAACCAAGAUGUCUAAAUAAUGUCUCUUAUGGUGAAGAUGAUCACAACUCUGUGGAUUCAAGGAUUACUUCCGAAAGUAGGGAUUUUGGAGAGCAAAGAACCAAUAGACGUGAAGCCAUCUUCACUCAUAGCUUUGGUGAGGAAGCCACAGGAAGAAACUUGGAGACUGAGACAUCGUUUAGCAAUCCAGGCUUUGAAGAACCUUAUUCCACAGACACUUCCUCUGCUUGGAGCCCAGAGGAACAAGAUGGACUCAAAGUUCCCCACUUCCCUUCCAGUGCCCCUGAACCCAUCUCAAAGUGUGGAGACUUAGAUGUCAUCUUUGAAUAUAAUAGUUCCAGCCAAAAGCUUGCAGUGACCAUUGUAAAGGCCCAGAAUGUUCCAGAUAAAGACCGAAGUGGUGUCAAUGCAUGGCAAGUCCACACUGUAUUGCUUCCCAGAAAGAAGCAACGGGGUAAGACCAGUGUUCAAAGAGGGCCCACCCCUGUCUUCAAAGAGAAGGUAUUCUUUAGUAAAUUGCAGCCUGAAGAUUUGGGGCGCCACGCAGUCCGGUUCCGUCUAUACGCUGCACUCAAGAUGAACAGAGAGAAAAUGAUGGGAGAAAAGAUGUUUCACCUUAGCCAGUUGCACCAAGGAGGGAAAAUGAAAGUGACUUUGGUUUUGGAGCCAAGGAGUAAUAUGAGUAGUGGAGAGUCUCAGCUCAGCCUGUCUGCGGUUUCUCACAGUGAUAGUGCUUCAUCCACACAGUCUUUGUCUCAUGGAGGGGUGCCAGAGCUCUUGGUGGGGUUGUCAUAUAAUGCCACAACAGGACGAUUAUCUGUAGAAAUUAUCAAAGGCAGCCAUUUCCGAAACCUUGCUAUUAACAGACCUCCUGAUAGUUAUGGGAAACUCUUUCUUCUCAACUCUGUCGGCCAAGAAAUGUCCCGUUGUAAGACAUCCAUUCGAAGAGGUCAGCCGAAUCCUGUUUACAAGGAAACAUUUGUUUUCCAGGUAGCCCUCUUUCAGCUUUCCGAUGUCACUUUGAUGAUCUCAAUUUAUAAUAGACGUGCUAUGAAACGCAAAGAAAUGAUUGGCUGGAUUUCUCUGGGUCAGAACAGCAGUGGAGAAGAGGAGCAAGACCACUGGCAAGAAAUGAAGGAAACCAAGGGGCAGCAGAUCUGCAGGUGGCAUACCUUACUAGAAUCCUGAUCAUUUGGGCCAAAGUUCAUCUGUUUGGUUUUCCUUAUCACUGCUAUUGCCCAAUACCAAUUCAACACAUAAGUUAGCAGGCUUUUCUAAGAUAACUUGUUCCCCUUUGAAUUUGCAAAUGGAGACAUUAAACUUUUACCUUUCAAGGUUUUCAUAUUGAGUUUCUCACCUGAACAACUAAUUACUAGAACUAAGAACAUCGAGAAGAUGGAAAAAUUUAUUCAAACACUGAUGCUCUCACUGCCAUUUUGAAUUAUCUUCAUUUGAUGCAUUUCAAGAUUAAAUUUGAACUUAUUACAUAUAAUCAGUACAUUUUGUCUAUGUUGAUGUUGCAUCCUGAGUUCUCUUUUAUGACAAUAUUACCAGUUUCUAGAACAAUUCAUACAUAGUAGGGACUCAAUAAAUAUUAUUUCUUUUGAUAGACUUACUUCUUAAGAAUGCUUAUUUGUCAGCAUUUAUGAAUGAAUUAAUAUUUUCAGGUAGCAUGGGCAAACCCUAAAAUAUUUCUGCAAAAAUUUAAAGUGCCUCUGAUUAUUAUUAUUCAACUGAAAUUGUGUUGAUAAGCUUUACUUAGAUUUUUUGGUUGGCAUGUGUCAUUGAUGAUAGCCUGUUUCAUCAGGUUAUUAGCAUGAAUGUCAGUUAAUGACUGUUUUAAACAUUUCUUUGGUAUAUGUUUAUGCUCCUUUAGGGUCUAAAUUUUUGCAUCCUUUGGAUUUAAAUUGACAAAAAGAAAAAAAAAGAGGCCACACUUGUACCUAAAGAGUAAUUAUUCUAAUUAUUUCAUUUGAGCUUAUAUUUCAUUGUUGACUUUGUCUCCAGAAUGCUAUCUAAUGAAGCUUGAUAUAGUAAAAAUGAAAAAAAGAAGUCCUUUUUAGAACAAAAGAAAAGCUUUAGAAGAUAUCUAGUUCAGGGACUUCAUCAACCACAGAUGAUGAGAAGGAGGAUGAGAGAGGCUUCUUAGGUCACACACAUAGUAAAUGGCACAGCUGUGGAUAGGACCCAGGCAUUCUAACUCCAACACCACUAAUCUUUUUUUUUUUUGCAACACAUAUCUUUACUGAUUGUAAGAGUAAGUUGAAAUGAAAGAAAGAAAAGCACACUAAAUUAUAACUAGGUGUCAUGGCUCUCCUGGUAAUGCCCAGUUUAGGUACCAGACAACUCUGUUAUGAAUUCCUAUAAUCCACAUCUGACAAAUAUAACAUUCUAUAACUUAAUGAAGGGAUCUGACAUUUGAAAGUUACAAUAGGAACUUAUUUUACACAAACUGAACAUACUUGAAUUCAACAAUAUGCCAUCAGCAAUAGACAAGAAUAAAGGGAGAAACAUAACAUUAAAUAAAGGUUUUAAAUUAUACUCUAAAUCUUUGCCAUUUUCCCAAGUGGCACAAAGUCUCAUAGCUGUUUGCCCAAUCAUUCUCAUUCUUGUUCAGAGAACAGUUAGUGUGAGUCAUCACAUUGUUUUAUGCCAAACAUUAACUCCUGUAUCAGUCUUUGUUUGGAAUUCUUGUUUGUAACAAGUUAUAUCCAAGUCUGAGUAGUGCUUCUUUUUGUUUUAUUAAUAAUAUCCUUACUGCUAACUCUGAUAAGCCUAAGAAAAGUCAUAAAGUACCUAGGUAUGUUCAUAUAAGAAAUACUUAUAAAAUAAUAGAGUUCACUAUCAUACAGGAUUUUUAACUUACUUGAAGGAUCUUGGAACAUAAUGGUAGCAUAAAAUGAGGUCCUACUGUUGUGUGCUUUUAGAAAAAAAAACAAAAAGGAGGAAAAAGCCUUCCAUUUUAUUUGAAGCUAUUUUAUUUGAUCUCUAGUCUUCAUUUUAUUUAAUUUAUAUAAUAUUGCCAAAGCACUUCAAGUCCUUCUAAGGAAAGCUAAUCUAAAAACAUAAAGUAGCCUUAUUACUUUGCAUGCUUUCAAUAUUAUAUCCAUUAAGUGUUGAAUGGCCUUAUUAUUUUGUUUGUGGUGUUGGGUCUUGAUAAUUGACUAAAAGUAGUACUGAGUACAGUUGGUUAAGUGGUAACACAAAGACUUUAUUAUUUUUUAAAAAUAACCUUUCAAGCUUUAUCUCAUUCUCUUUGAAGGGAAAAAUGGUGGUCAUGCCACACUUUUCUUAAUACCUUACCAUAACAAUGUGGCAUUCACUUUUAAAUUUGUAUUUGUAAAAAUAUCUGCAUUUAUUAGACAGAUAGUCUUUUCUUUUGACUAUUUUGUGUUUUAACAUGUGAGUUACUCAAUGCUACCUGAUAAAUACCUCCUACUCUGUUCUUAUUUAUUUGAUAAUUUCUGGGAAUGGCACUGAACACAAUAGCUGAUUCAUGCAUGAUUAUCACACCUUUCAAUUGUUUCUUUUCUUGCCAUGGUUUCCAGGAAUACACUGUAAAAAACAAAAAUUGCAUACUAGUUGGCCUGUAUGUAUGUGUUGAGUAUUUAGAGGUCUGUAUAUCAACAACAUUCAACAUAAAAUUGAUGUUAAUGUAAGACAUGAAUUAAAAUACAGGUUGAAUAAUUA